UACUACGAUAACAGAAAGUAUGCAAACCACACUGCAGUAACUAAAGUCAGUUCAAACAUCAUUGGAGUAAUAGGGAGAAAGGGAAAAAUUCUAGCUGAUGAACCAUCGAUUGCACUCUAUCGGAUUCAAGAACAUAUACGCAAGACAGCACCGGGAAUAGCUGAAGGACGAGUAACUUUUCCUGAUUGCUCAUUAAAUUUAUUUGUAAAGAAGAGAGCUUUAGUAUUUUCAGAAAAGUUGCAAUCUACAAGUUUUGAUCUGGACAACAGUUCUGAGUAUGAUUUUAUUAUAUAUUACUGUGUUUUCCUGUUUAGCGCAAUCGCUACCUUUUCUAAUGCCCGAACUAAUUUGGAAGAUACGUUGAAGAUUUUAGAGGCCUCUAUGAAAAUGCAUCCAAAUAUUAUUGAAAGUGUCCAAGACAGGUAA